AUGAAUUUCCUACGACCAAGGAGUAAACCGGUGACUGACAUCUUCACCAGUGAUACGUCAAUAGAUCGAAGAAAAUGCCAACGAGUCGUUCCAAUGAAAGUGCUUGUCCUGGGAGUUGGGCGAACAGGCACUGCCUCACUUCGAGCUGCUUUGAAGCGCCUCGGCUAUUCAGAUACGUACCACAUGAUGUCUGCCAGUGUAGAAAAUCCUCCUGACUGCGCAAUGUGGUAUGAUGCUUUGACAGCUAAAUAUGAUGGUAAAGGGGAAUUUGGGAAGAAAGAAUGGGAUCAACUUCUUGGUCAUUGUCAAGCGGUUUGCGACUGGCCGGCUGUAGCGUUUGGCAGGGAAUUGAUCAGCGCCUACCCUGAUGCUAAAGUGAUCUUGACAAACCGAGACAUUGACAAAUGGCAUGCAUCUACCAUGAAAACUGUUUAUUGGAGAGUUACGGACUCAGAACUAUGCUACCUGUCCUAUGUCGACUGGGCAUCUGGUCUCUACUACCCGAUGCUUCGAAAAUUCUUCGACACAUUCUUCGAAGGCACUUUUCCAACAACAGGCAAGGAUGUAUAUCGACGUCAUUACGCGGACAUCCGUAGCCUGGUUCCUCCAGAGAACCUGUUGGAAUAUCAGAUCCAAGACGGGUGGGGCCCCCUGUGCUCGUUUUUAGGGCAUGCCGUGCCCGACGAAGACUUUCCGCAAUCCAACGAUGUGACUGCUUUUGUUCAGCGCAGCCGCAGAAGGAAUCGCCGGCAAAUGAUGAAUGUGGCACUUCGUUUCGCGUUCAACUGGGAAAUUGACCUCAAGCAGAGACCAGAGAUAAAAUCGCCAAUAUUCAACGUGACAGUCCAUGAUCCCUCCAGCGUAACCCCAGGAUAUUGGUUUGUGGCUCCAUAUGCUUCGCUAGGUUUCGGGAAUCGAGUGAAGAGGCUGGAUUAUUGCCAAGAGCUUAUUUGGAGUGGCGCUUGCGAAUUUGAAAAUCGGAACGUCUUCGAUUUCAAGGUCCUCGAUUAUAACGAUCCAUCGCGAUUAUCAUUUAUCUUUGGAUCGACAUCCCAAGGCCACCUUGAUGCUAAAGGAAAGGGCGUCAUUAUGGAUAACUCAUACACAAUCCAGGACGAAAUUUUAGCAAAAAGAUGGAGUUCCUCGUUCAACAUGCAUGAAUUCAAUGUGAUUGAAGGUGGCAAAUCUGCCCUGCUCAUUACCAAUGUACCACAGCUCCACGAUAUAUCCGCACUGAACUUGCAGCCGCAAUCUGGAUGGGUUAGCAACAAUGGAUUUCAAGAGAUCGAUAUUGCCACCGGCAAGGUCAAUUUCGAAUGGAAUACACUAGACCAUGUUCCGAUUACAGAGAGCACAGUGGCCGUGCGCCAAAUGCCUGGGGAGUAUUCUAUGAGUUGGGAUUACAUUCAUUUGAAUUCCGUGGAUAAAAAUAGUGAUGGCGAUUAUCUCAUCUCAGCUCGAUAUACCAAUACAAUCUACAAAGUAUCGGGUCGGGAUGGAUCAAUUAUCUGGCGUUUAGGAGGUGUAAAUUCUUCCUUUGUUUUAGACGGGUUUAAUUUCUCGUCUCAGCAUGAUGCCCGAUUCCGAGAAGAAAACAGCACCACUACCGUCAUUUCAUUUCUGAACAAUGCUUCAGACGGUGAUAACAGCACAUCUUCAUACUCGUCAGGCUUGCUCGUCGCGCUUCAGACUUCAACCACUCCGAUGACUGCUCACGUUAUAAAACGAUGGGAUCGGCCUGAUCGACAACUAUCUCCGCUAAGAGGCAAUGUUCAAAUUUUGCCGAAUGAUAAUGUAUUCAUUGGAUGGAGCGUACAAGGUUAUCUGAGCGAGUUUUCAUCGGACGGGCGCUGUGUACUGGAGGCAAAAUUCUCCUCAAUUAAAUUCAUUCCUUCAACCUACCGAGCGUAUAAAUACAACUUCACAGGCAUUCCCAGCGAGCUCCCCGUUUCAAAGGCUUUUGUUUAUGGAACAACCGCCGAUACAGUUACGAGUGUCUUUUAUGUCAGCUGGAAUGGUGCUACUGAGGUCGCACAUUGGAACUUUUACGGAAACAAUACCUCUUCCUCGGAAUUUUCACUUGUGGGGACUGCAAAGAAAUCUGGAUUUGAGACUAGUCAUAUGGUUUCUGGAUUUUCACAAUUCAUCUAUGCAGAAGCGGUCGGCUUCACUGGGAACGUCCAAAUCCGUGAUGACGGCACGACGUAUCUCGACCCGGGUGAAAUACAAUACGUUGGCAAACCUUCCCCCAAGAUCGAUGAGAAUUGGAAACAUUUAAUUGAUCAUCGCUACUUCUACUUAACGGAGGCUGAAGCCGCAGAGACAUGGGGCAAGGAAAGCAUUGAACAAUUAUACUAUCGACUUUCUCCUGAUAAUGAGCGUCGCUAUGUCGCGGGCCUUGACGUGCUGCAUACUCUGCAUUGUCUCAAUAUGCUUCGAAUGAAACUGGACUUGGAUUACUAUCCAGCGGCGGCAAUCGGCUCACUGCAUAAUUACCACUGCAUCGAUCAGAUUAGACAAUACCUGAUGUGCACCGGGGAUUUGACUCCUAUACCUGUACGAUGGCAUGAAGCACUUGGACGCCCAUAUGUUGAUUCCGAUAAACCACACACAUGCCGAAAUUUUAGCGCACUACAAUCUUGGGUCAUGAAUAGAGACGAAGCAGAGUUUUAG